GUGUGUGUGUGUGUGUGUGUGUGUGUGUGUGUGUGUGUUUCCCGAGUUCUUCCUCAGCUGCGUUCCCGACAUGAGAUCAGGUGGAUAGUGUGUGUCUGUACCUGUGACUAACAGUGAGUUAUUCCCACAGUCUGAUGCUAGGCUGCAGCUGCCACAGCCGCCAUCAUGUUCACCAAAAAGAAAAAGUCUCGUAUCCAGAUCUCCGCCCCUUCCAACUUUGAGCAUCGCGUGCAUACUGACUUUGACGAGCAGGAGCAGAAGUUCGUCGGGUUGCCGCGGCAAUGGCAGUCGCUCAUCGAAGACACGGCCAAGAGGCCCAAACCCUUCAUCGAUGCAACUGUCAUCACUACUGUAGAGCCGCGAAAGACAAUUGUACGUGGCAGCAAGCUUGGAGUGGACGGCUCUCUGACCUGGCUGCUGGAUGAGUUUGACACCAUGUCUGUGACUCGCUCCAACUCCCUUCGACGGGGCAGCCCCCCCAUCCAGCCUCGCAAGGACUCGACCUCUUCAGGAGGAGGAGGGCAGGAGAACGGAGACCCUCACCACAGACACUACUCACACCCAGAAAGCGACCCUGCCAGACCGGAGCACCACCAGGGUGGAGGCGACCCCCGCCAGGGUCCGCGUGGGCUCCGUCCUCAGUGGGAUGAAGGAGUCCAUGGUCGGCCCCAGCAGCAGCCCCGGGGCCAAGAGCCCAGCCGGGCCCACAGGGACAGGCCUGGCUCCGGCCCUCCUCCUCCACCUCAUAGAGACAGAGAGCAUCGGGAACGGGGUCAGGAGCAACUUGCUCAAAGGGGUCAACCCAGUGACCAGAGGCCGAAGUCCAGCUACACGGUGCGGGACGGCAGCCCUCAGUCUCCCAGGGACAAGAGGCCUCUCUCUGGGCCCAACAUCCGCACCCCAAACCUGCCAGUUACGGAGGGCGUGAUGAAGACUGCCCAGCAGACCACGCGGCCGUUUAACACCUACCCGAGGGCGGACAGCGAGGGCGGACGCAGCCCCACAGGACAGCCGGUUCGACACCAGGACUCUUCCCCUAAAAACGGCCCCUCUGGCGGCUCCACCCGAGGCUCCUCCAGCUCCAAGCCCCCUAUAAGCCACCCGCAUCCUCAUCACACUUCCCACCCCAGCCUGUCCCCUGAAGCCACCCAGCACCCACACACCUCUCACCCCAACGUUCCGGCCCCGCGGCCCCCAGUGCCCUCUGGGCCCCCGGCGUCGGGUGCUCCGCCCCAGGGCCGCUCACCGCAGAGGGAGCCCCAGAGGGUUUCCCACGAGCAGUUCAGAGCGGCACUACAGAUGGUGGUGGAUCCUGGCGAUCCGCGGACAUACCUGGACCACUACAUUAAGAUAGGGGAGGGGUCGACUGGGAUCGUGUGUAUCGCCACAGUGAAGACCACGGGGAAACUGGUCGCCGUGAAGAAGAUGGACCUGAGGAAGCAACAACGUAGAGAACUCCUCUUCAACGAGGUGGUGAUCAUGCGGGACUAUCACCAUGAGAACGUGGUGGAGAUGUACAACAGCUACCUGGUGGGAGACGAGCUCUGGGUUGUCAUGGAGUUCCUGGAGGGAGGAGCUCUCACAGACAUCGUGACACACACCAGGAUGAACGAGGAGCAGAUCGCCACGGUGUGUCUGUCUGUCCUGAAGGCUCUGUCCGUCCUCCACACACAGGGUGUGAUCCACAGAGACAUCAAGAGUGACUCCAUCCUCCUCACUCACGAUGGCCGCGUGAAACUGUCAGACUUUGGGUUCUGUGCCCAGGUGUCUAAAGAAGUGCAAAGGAGGAAGUCUCUGGUGGGAACUCCAUACUGGAUGGCACCAGAGCUCAUAUCCAGACUGCCUUAUGGACCGGAGGUGGAUAUCUGGUCUCUGGGUAUCAUGGUCAUAGAGAUGGUGGACGGGGAGCCGCCGUACUUCAACGAGCCGCCGCUCAAGGCCAUGAAAAUGAUCCGAGACAACCUGCCCCCCAAACUGAAGAACCUGCACAAGGUCUCCCCUCUGCUCAAGGGCUUCCUGGACAGGAUGUUGGUGCGAGACCCGGCUGCGAGGGCCUCGGCCAGCGAGCUUCUCAAACACCCCUUCCUUACGAAGGCGGGUCCGCCGUCCUGCAUCGUCCCUCUGAUGAGGCAGAACAGGAUGAGAUGAGACACGUGACACUGACGCCUCCGGACCCUGGAGGGGCAGCGUGCACAGGUUCAGAUGGAACAGAAUACUCCUGCACACAGAGAGGUGGCCCGCAGAGGUCAGAGGUCACGGGUGAGAUGUCCGCACUUCGGAGCGAGACUCUUGGAACGAGCUGUGAGCUGCCAAGUGCAAACUGGGUGUGCAGGAGUAUUCUUUUUUUUAUGUGAAUCACUGAACUGUGGGAAGUGUAUUCCCUUAAUAAGAGGCAAUAAGGCGGUGUGUGUGAGUUUGUGUGUGUGAACAUGUAUGUGUGUAAACAUAGUUGGCAGCACUGUUGAUGACAGUGUUUCAUGGCUCAUACAUGCGUGUGAGAGCAGAGGAGCCACAACUUGCCAGUCGAGCGAUUCAAGCCGAUUUCAUUCAAACAUUUUGGUUUUAAUUGAAGACCUGGAACGACUGUGGCUGUUUUUAUUUUUCCAUUUGGACCGUACCUGGAUUUUAAGUGUGAAGGUGGGGUUUUGCACACCUAUUGGAUGCUUUGAAGGAGCCGUGAGCCCGUUUGCUGAUUUUUAGAGACUGGCGGAUCGUCAUUUUAAUCUCACUGUUUUGACGGUAUGGAAACCGAAUUUUCUCACUACAAAGACUUGCGCCGUGGACGGAUCCCAGAACCAGACACUACCCUCAUCACACCCAGAACCUACUACUGAGGGAGAAACACUUUUGACUCAGUAACGAGUCACACAGACUUUAUUUUGUAGCCAUAUAAAUCUAGCUUCCUGUUGUAAAAAAAGCAAACAUACACUAAGUCAAAAGGUUAACACUGGAGUUGUGGUUUUUUUUUUUGUGUUUUUUUACAGAUGAAUUUUCCUCUUAUUUUCAUGUGUAAGUACAAUGGACAUAGAGAGAUAUAUCAGUUUUGAUGUUUUGCUAUCUCAAGUUUGUGAUUGUUUUAUUAUUAUUAUUAUUAUUAUUAUUGUGAUUUGUUUCCUGAUAUAUUUUAGAGAUGUGGGGAAUUUUGAAGCACUGUGGACUAGAGAUCAAGGCUGCACUCCCGGUUGAUUCCAGCACGCAGAUAAUCGACACUACGCAUUUGAUUUUGUUGUUUUGUAGACCAGACAUGACUUAUUGAGUCUGACUGACUCAGUGGUCAAGAUGUCACUCAGAGGAGCAGGAAAGGUUUUACAGAAACAUGAAAAGACUACACUCAACCCAGUUCAAACGGAAUAGGUAUGAAAACCGUACCCCUGUGUAGCGUUUUGUUUUACCAUGGUGUUUUUAGUAGAAUCUUCUUUUCUGCACACUUUUUUUUACCUUAACUAUUCCAGCUGAUAGAUGUAACAGAUGUCAAAAAAAAAAAUUAAAAAAAAAAGGUUCUUCUAGGGUAGAAAAUGAACAUGAGCUGCUUUUUAGGCAAUCAGCAAGUUGUUAGAGUUGAUUUUAUUCUGUGUUGAACGUGCUUCCUAAUAACUGUGCUCCCCUUCAAAAAACACACAGUGACUGCUGUUUUCAGUGGAUUAGUGCUCGCGUUCUAUUGAAUCAAUUAAUGUUUGAUUUCCUAGUUAAUGCAUCUGGCAGAGCACUCCUGAAUCCACCUCAUAUUGCGAGUGCUUUAUUUAUAAACCAUAACUCAGUACAACACACUGAGAAAGGAAUGUUACAUCAAUGAAAGAAAAGCGUCUUGUUUAGAUUUAUAUCUCAUCACCAGAGAUUCUCAUGCUCCUAAUGUGUGUUUGUGUGUGUGUAAGAAGAUAUGCUAUUAUUUUCAUUUUCAUGUUUUAGUCUGCUUCAAAAUCCUCUCUGGACACUAGUGAGCAGUUUCUGAUAAUACACACACACACACACACACACACACACACACACACACACACACACACACACACACACACACACACACACACACACCUGCAUGAGCUUAAAAACAUUCCUGUCACUUAAAUGUAAAGCCGAGUUAGAAUCACGUGUUCCCCUUGACAAAAAGCCAAUGGGAAUUUUUGGUUGGAUUUUGAAAAAUUGCAGAAUAUUAGACCUGCGGCAAUUAGAUGUUUAUGAUACCUACAGGUUUUGUUCAGCAAUAUAAUCUUCACAAAUGAACACCACUUUUCUGAUAUUUGAAUAUUAACGUGAUAACGGUUAAAAGUGUCACUGAGCCACUUGAUGGCAACCGCCUUUUUUAAGGCACGUCAAAGCUUCAAAAUGCACAAUAAGCUACUGACGGAUUUUAUAUUGUAGAACAAACUGUUAAUCUCUUAAACUUGUCUUUACCGCAGACCUUAUAUCAGGCAUCUAACCAAAAACCUAUCGACUUCAAGACGAGGGAACCAGAGGUGCAGAAAUGCUGACUCAUUUCUGGCUUUCUGGACUCAUUCCUGCAGCUCUCUAUAAUAGGAUUUUCCAAAUGUAUCAAAAACAGCUUUGGUGUUGGAGUAAAUAACCCUGUUGUAACUUGUUGUUUUUUUCCACAUCAGGACAUUCAGAUCAGUCACUGCAAAUUAAAAUUCACUUUCAAAUACCCAAAGGCUGCCUCAGCAGCAUGAAUGAAACCAUAGAGGAUUAAUCACAGUUCAGGUCUGGCUAUUCUACAACCACGUCUACCCUGGAGGCUUCUUUAUCUGCAGACAUCUGUAGGCUCACAUUGUACCUUGUAGCAAGGAGCAGUGAAUUACACAGAUGACAUUUAGAGAUAAGGAUCUGUAGUAAUUGAUCAUUCCCGAGGUAAUGGGACUAAGAGAGGCACACAAACACAGCCUGCAGACACAUCUCCCUCUCUGGGACAUGGCCGGUGUCCACAUUCCUUCUAUGUCUUCCAGUUGAGCUGCUGCUGAGCGCUCCCUCUCAUCAGUCGAGUAUAUUUUACGAUGAGUUUUCUCGAUCCUGAAUGCUUCCUGCUAAUCUCGAGAAUCAACACUCACACUCACACUUUUAUAUGCCGUCUUCCGUCACUUAACAUGAGGGGGCAGUGGAUAUAUAUCACUCUAAAAAGUUGUACGUUUUAUCAAUGUUUUUAUUCUUUCCUUGAAUCAUUCAUUUUUAACAGAGCCAAAAAUAAGAAUUCAGACACCAACACAUUAAAAUUUAAUUUGGGCCCAAAAAGGAUUAAAUGGUUAAAACUUAGGUUUAGUCGAUGUCCCCACAGUUUUACAUUUCAUGGGAGAACACAGUUGGAACCAUCUUUUUCUCCCCAAAUAUCCUAAGAUUUUUGAAUUUGUUUUCCAAUCCAGAAAGAGUUGGAUGAAGGCUUUUUGAAGCAGGAAGGAUUUGUUUUUCUAACAGUGUUUAUAAUUUCUGGACAGCUAGCUGUGGUUAGAAGAGAAUGAUGUGACCAUUGAACUUAAGUCACUUUCACUGUUUAUUGAUGUUGUGUAGCUACACUUCUUGGAAGAGAUGAGGAAGAAGAGCAUCAAAGCAGCGGUACCCUUCAGUGAAAAUAGCUCCUUCCAGGCCUCGUUGUUUGUAACUUCAAUCUGUAUGAACUCUGUCGUCUCUGGACUCCUUCACGCCCUCUUUCUGUUUCAGAACCAGUUGGAGCAGAGAAAAUAUAGUUUUCACUGCCUAAAAACAUGUUCUCUCAUGUUCAGGUGCCCUGGCUAGAGCUGAGUUGAGACAUUGCAGGCUGAACGUUUGUUAAUCAUAUCUCUGCCACUUUUUUUCUUCUUCGAAAGCAUUCACUUAGAGAAGAAAUUUGUGGUAGGCGUUUUUGUACUUUGUGUCCUCGGCUACUUACCAGACAUUUCAUUUUCAGCUGUGUCUGAUGUUUCUGGAUCUUUUUUGUGUGUGUGUGUGUGUGUGCGUGCUUGUACUUGUGUGUGGGACAGGCCGAUAGUGACUCACAGAUUACGAAACAUGUUGUGAGGUUUCAUGUUUAUAAUCAGAGGCGCGGUGGUUUAGCUAAAUGACAAUCGGGUGUAGUCGGGCGAUUCAGUUUGGGCUGAGAUAUUUUGAGCUGCGACACUUAGAAUUUCUCUGUUUUUCUUCACGGUCAGAGUCUCAAAUUGCACUAUUGAAUCUGCAGAUAUCUGCAUACAUUGAUUCAUCACUUACUUACCCAACAGGGACUGACAACAGAUCGACUUUAUAAUGAAGGUGCUGGUGCUGGUGACUUGUAUCUGGUGUGUUUCCUGCUGUAUUUUAAGAGGGAUUUUGAUUAAAAAAACACAUAAAGGUAAUCUUUUUUUGGGGGGGGAACUAGUAAUAUUUCGCCCACAAAAAAAUCUUACUAUUAAUGUGUGAGUUAAAUGUCAUAAUAGAAUCAAGUAGGUCGCUUUGAGUGCAAAAAUGUUUGGCUAAAUAUGGACAAUUGGAUUACAGGCAUGUUUAAGCAUUUCCUUAUAAACAGUGGUGUUUGGACCCAGCUGUGCUCCAGCUGCUGCUUCAAAGCAAAUCCAGUUAUCAAUCCAUUCAUCAGGUACCCUAAAUUGUUGAAUUUCCAUGUCAAUAUCCUUAAACCUGUGGUAUUAAGGUGCUUAUUGCUGAAACCAAUAAUCAUCAAAAUUACUCACUUAAACACAAAAAAGACUUUAGGGCUGUGUGUUGACAAGAAUCUGGCGAUACAACAUCAUAAUACAGGGGUUACUAUUCAAUAUGUUGUGAUACUGUAAGCAGGGCAAUGUAUUGCGAUUGUAUAAAAUAUAAUUUAAAAAAUAAUAGUAUAAUGUUGAAAAAAGUACUUUGACAACAUACCAUACCACAUCAUGACCUGCUGUCUGCCAUGAAUCUUUCCCAGUAAACUAUUAAUUAAAAAUAUAAAAACUGUUUUUGAGAUACAAUACAGUAUCACACAACACAAUAUUGCAAUUCUGUGUAUUACUAAACACACUGUUUACUAAAAUAGAGAAUUAAAAUCUGGUAGUAUUAGGCCUCCAACUUAAUGUUAAGUAUAAUUACUAAUAAUUAACUUUUAUCUUAAAAUAUUUCAAUUUAAUUCUCAAACUGAUAUCCCAGAUUAUUUAUUUUGCUCAAAGUGGCCCUAAUACUCUUUUCUUUGGUGUGAUCUUUUUCUGUCUCUUGUCCUACCUGCCUGUGAGUCCAAGUGUGAACCAACACUCUCUCUGGCGUUACAGACUUCUUCUUCUUCUUGUUACUCCUCAUCCCACAUCAGACCAGUUUCCCUUUGAUUCUAAAUGUGAAAAUCCCCAAACUGUUUACUGGUGGACCACAUUCUUAUGGACCAGAUUCUACUGCUGUAUGUGUGUGUUUGUUUGUGAGGGUAUGUUUGUGUGCACAUUCGUGUGUUCUUGCCUUAACAUUUACAAUCACUACUUGACGGAUAAUGGUUCCGACUCAACACUACGACUGUUAGAGAUUCAGAAAGGAGACUUCCGCAACGCUUCUCAUCUCGCACACGGGAAAAAGUCUUCAAGUAAUUUGUAACUCAUGUUGUUGUUUGUAGCUUUUUUUUAGGCUAAACGACUCGUUAAGAUUCUGUCUGAGAACACUUCAGAUUGAGGAUGUUUCCCGGGGUUGCUCUUCAUGCCUCAGAUUACCAGAGCUACUAAAAGUUGCCUGUUGAUUUCUUUAUUGAUCUCCGAUGAGCAGCUCCAAUGCUGCUGUUCAGGGUUUAGUGCCUUGCUUUGUAGCAUCUUGACAGACAGACAUUUUGGGGAUUGUCCAGUUUACCAGACUUUCAUCUGGUUUCCACAGUGAUCAUGUGGUCACUGAGGCUCAUUGACCACUACUGACCAACCGGCCUGCGCUUAGAAAUAUGUGACAAAAAACAUUUAGAUUCCCACUGACUCGCCUCUUUUCCUUUUAAAAUUUUGUUGCAGUUUUGACAUAUUUUGUCAAACAUGGAAUUGCAGCAACUGUUCCUGCACCAUCUUGUUUUUGUAAAUUUCACUGGUGAUGUAAAAAAAAAAACAUAGACUUCACUAUUUACUUUUGUUUUUUUUGUUUUGUUGCAAAUACAGAUUUUGUAA